AUGAAUACAAGAACUGCCAUUGCAAAUAUCAAAAAAAGCACCGAACCAAAAUUACUAUGUGCUUCUUUUAAUCAAGAUCAAAACUGUUUUGCCAUAGGCUAUGAAAAUGGUUUUAGAGUGUAUAAUACUGACCCAAUGGUCCUAAGAGUUAAGAGAAACUUCAACAAAUCUAAUGGAAAACACAAAAAUCUUUCUCGUAUUGGCAACAUAACAAUGCUACAUAGAACCAAUUUUUUGGCUUUAGUUGGUGGUGGUAAAAACCCAAAAUUUCCAAUUAAUAAAGUCAUCAUAUAUGAUGAUUUAAAAAAGAAAAACUCCUUAAUUUUAGAAUUCAUGAGCCCAAUUUUAAAUGUCUUUUUAUCAAGAAUUAGAAUCGUUAUAGUGGUUGAGACUCAUAUCUAUGUUUAUGCUUUUAGUUCUCCACCGAAAAAGAUUGCAAGCUAUGAAACCAUAGAAAAUCCCUUUGGUAUUGCCGAUUUAUCCAAUUCUCUAUCAACUACUAGCACCAAUGACAAUAACAUAAAUAAUAAUAAUCACAACACCAAUAAUAACAAUACCAAUAACAACACUAAUAAUAAUACCAAUAAUACCACCUCAAACAGACAUCGUUCCUACGCUCCUUCUACAACUGCUAACGAAAUUCUUGCAUUUCCUGGUCGUCAACCAGGUCAGAUUCAAAUUGUCGAUAUAUCUCCUGUUGGCCAGGAACGAAACUUAAUCUCAAUUAUCAAAGCUCAUAAAUCAAAAAUUCGUUGUCUAGCUCUAAAUAAAUUGGGGACAAUGGUAGCUUCGGCUUCGGAAACUGGUACAAUCAUUAGAAUACAUUCUACUCAAAAUUGUACUUUAUUAUAUGAAUUUAGAAGAGGUUUGGAUAGAGCUAUUGUCUAUUCAAUGAAAUUCUCUCCUAAUGGUUCAAAAUUAGCGGUUAUCUCAGAUAAACAAACUUUACAUAUAUUUAACAUUUUUAAUUCGAAUUCUUUAUCUAAAAGUUCAAUUAUGGGUAACCAUUUCCUAAAUAAUUCAAAUCAUAGUCUAUCAAGCAAUUCGAACUCUAUAAACGAUAAUCCAAUUUCUUCAAAAUCUUUAACCUAUAAUAGAUCUCAUAUGCUUAAAAAUAUGCCAUUUUUCUCAAGUUACUUUAACUCGACUUGGAGUUUUACAAAAUUAAUCCCAAACAUUGAUAAAUAUAAUGACGGUUUAAACUAUAAUAAUACUAUUAUUGAUAGAGGUGUAUUCGGUUGGUCUGGUGAAGAUUCUGUUAUAAUUGUUUGGAAGUUUAGAGGCAAAUGGGAAAAAUACGUAAUUGUUGAAAAAGAGAAAAAGAAAUCCGAGGAUCACAAAGAUUCUAAUAUUAGAGAAUGGGAGCUUGUUCGAGAAGGCUGGAGAAGUUUUGGUGAUUUGAAUGAUUAA